AACAAAAUAGCGUGUCCCUUCUCUCUGGUUCUUCUUCACAUCUUUGUCCACCGAAAAUAGCAUAUGCAUACAAUUAUCCUUUCUUCUCUCCUUUCACUCUUUUACAAAAUCUCACUCCUUUUUUUUUGUUUUUGUAAUUUUAUUAAAGGUUUCAAGUUGCUUUUGCAGGUAAUGUAUUCUUUUUUUGCUUAAUCAUAUUUUCUUGAUUUGUUUAGUUUUAUUGAUUUGCUAGUAGUUUUGGUCUCCUUUUUGCUUAAUCUUAACAGGUUUUUUGAGUUUAACCUUCUAAUUUGCAUUGAUUUCUUAGAUACAUAUUUUCUUGAUUUGCUUGUUUUGUUGAGCUUUUAACUUUUCGAUAAUAGUUUUGAACACCCUUUUGUUUGAGUUAACCCUCUAAUUUGUAUUGAUUUCUAAGCUUAGCAUAUUUUCUUGAUUUGAUUGUUUUGUUGAACUUUGCACUUUUUUGUUAGUAGUUUUGUGUUGUAAUGUAAUAUGAGACCUCAGAGAUAUAUGUGCAAAACAAAAGUGCUAUCAAUAAUUUAGAGUUGUUUUUUUAUUCUUAUUUACUACAUUUUGUAGUGUUGUAUUCUUAGAAGACAUUAAACGUUUAAAUUCAUAUAGUAAUAUUAUUAUUUAUAAAUGUAAGGACUAAUUUUAAUUAAUAAGAUGUUAAUCAUUUGUUUGCAAUUCAUUACCUUGAAUAUUGUUGUAAAAACUUUAUUUAUUAAUUUGAAGAUUUGAUAAAAAGUUUUAAAACAUUUUUAAUAAAAAUUAGAUAAUUCUUCUUUCAUUUUUUUUUAAUUUAAAUUUUGUACCUUUUAUUUUACAAUCUUUAAUAUUAAAUUUGGUGGAUUCAAAUAUGUUGGGUCUAAAGAAAAUGUUUUACUAGCCUUACUCGUGAACCAACCUGUUCAUUGGAUAAUUUUCUUUUCUUGUUGUUAUCUUCAUUUUUCUAACAUUUUCCUUUUUUCCCUGGAUGGGUGAUUUGGAUUUGUGGGUUUGAAGUUGUUUUUGUUUCCAUUUUCUCUUGCAGAAAUGGUGGAAGUUGAAAAGUUAAUCCCAUAUUGAUCCUUUUCCUCUUGGAAAGUUGUAAUGUUGUUCUUAUUCCAAGUAUUUUGGUGUACUUCAAUUGAAAUGGAUCCAUGCCUUCGAACUUGAUGUAUAUUCAUAGCUAGUUACCGAGAUCUUAGCAACUUGGGUUCGUUUGAGUUAUGAGUGUCUAUAAUUGUGUUCUCUAAAUGAAAUGCUUGGUAGUCAUCCAUCUUCUUAUCCUCAUGUUUUGUACCCCUCUUCUGUGUAUUUAUUCUAAGCAUUUUAUGUGACGAUGAUUCUGACGUUUUAAGGAAUAUGGUAGUUGGUACUUUACUUAUUUCAUAAGAGCAUUUAGUUGUCGUUACAGGUUGAAUGGUAGAUAGCAACAUGAUUGAGUUGAACACACGGACGUGUUGAAAUUAAAUUUGGAUUAUAUGUGACGUAUGAAGCUCAUGUAUGGUUGUAAAGGUGGUUAUCAAUUGAUAGAUGGUUCUAUUUAGACUUCCAAAGUUAAUCCUUUUACCUUCUGAUUGCUGAGUGCCCAGUGAUUUGUCCGACCGGUUCUAAGUGAUGGGUUCAUAUUCUGGUAGUUGUGAAAUUAUUGAGGUGAAAGAUGAGCUGGAAUUGUUUCAACGUUCUGAAAGGUCUCGUCAAGUACGCGAAUCUGGCAGAAAACAGAAGCCUCCUUUGGUUAGGAAAGGACCUAAUAAGUUCUUAGAAGAUGAUAUUAAUCAUCUUUUUGCAUCCAUUGAUCUAAGAUCGUCAAAAAGUCUGGAUUUGUCGGAUCACGUGACAAGAGAUGCCUCAAAAAGGCCAAUGAGAGGCGGUGGAUCUCAUUCUCCGGGAAUUGGGUUUUCAGAGCCAGUCUCUCUAAAGCAGGCCUUACGGGGUUUAUGCAUUUCACAGGCGGCAGAAAUGGCUGCAAUGAAGCGGUUGUCCAAGCCACCGGGUUCUCCAAGCGUUACAGAAGCUGGAAGGAUUACAAACUCUUUCAGGUUUGCAGAUACAAGUGAAUCUGGUUUCACUCACGCAGAAAGACUAGUACAAGAUGAAAGAACUUCAGGAAUAUUCGACAAAGUGCCCCAUUACCGCCAAGAACUGUAUGUUAAGUCAGCAAACCAGAGUCCCCAUUCUUCUCCACGACUUGUCGUUAAGCCAUCCAUCUCAAUGCGUCAAAAUAACAGAAUAGUGCCAUCAGAAAGCACGUCUAACUCUUUUCAGAGGACGCCUCAGUACAUUGGAAAUCCGAAGCUACAGUUAGCAGGUCAAAGUACCUCUUGUUCUCCUAAGUUUGUUAGUAAACAGCCUAUUAAGAGUGCAGAGUCCAUUGGCAAGCAAAAUGAGAGAAUAUUUCCAGAGGAAAAUGUCCCAAACUCCGGUAAAAAGGUUUCUCAACAGCUUACACAAGCAAAGGUGAAUUUACCAAACCAAAACACCUCGUGUUCUCCUAGACUUGUUGAUAAGCCAGUCAUUGUGUCUGCUGAGUCAACUGCGCGGCAAAAUGAGAGGAUGAUGCCAGCAGAAAGCACUUCAAGCACUUCUCAAAAGAUGUCUCGACACCUCCAAGAAACCAAGAUGAAGUUACCAGACCAAAGUGUCCUGCCUUCUCCUAGAUCGAUUGAAGUGCCAAUUAUUCAGAGUUUUAACUCCCCUCGCCCGAAAAAGGAGAAUGCAGCUGUGUUGAAUCAUCAUGAGAUUAAAUUACCACGAACUGUGUCAAUUGAGGAAGAAAUCCAAACUUCAGCUGCAGGCUCAUCGUCAUUUACCUCUGGUAAUGAUGUUGUGGGGUCUGGACCACAAAGUUCGCAGCAAAAUUGCAAUAGAAGUGUGGUUACAUCAUUUAGAAUAGCAAACAAAAAAGCUCCUAAGCUGAGACGGAAAGCCAUAUUGCAAAAUGUCUCUUCAUCUAGUGCCACGAGAAGCAACAAGGAGAGUAAAUCAAACAAAAGCACCACUCAUACUGCAAAGCCAGCAGUCAAGAACAAGACCCUUGUCAAGAAGAAAGCGAAACCGGAAGCAGCAGUGACAUCCGGCACUUCUAAUCUGACCUCUGAAGUAUAUGGUCCAAUGGAAUCACCUAAACAACUUAUCUGUCAGCAAUGUCAGUGUGCUCUCAAAAACGUAGGAAACAAGUCUGGUAAGGGACCUGCAAUUCAAGGUUCUGGAUGUACAGCCGCUGAAGCAAGUGAAAAUAACAAUAACUGUCAUGCUGCAAAACCAGGAUUCACCAGUAAUGGCCAUGAUAACAGGGUUAGUACCCCUGUCUCGAAACUCAACAAGGCAACAAAAUCUAGAGAGCAAGGAGACUUUUCACAGAGCUCAAAAAGUAGUAUUGGUGAUUACAGUUGUAGCACAACCAUCAGUGACGAGAGCAAUCUAAGUGGUUCUAGUACUGGGAAUAGGCCACACAUGUCUAAAGACGGCCGUUGGGAGGCUAUCAGUCAGUUGAGGAAACGUCAUGGAUUUUUAGGAUUAAGUCAUUUCAAUUUAUUGAAGAAGCUUGGUUGUGGAGACAUUGGCACAGUAUAUCUUGCUGAGCUGCUGGAAACUAACUGCUUGUUUGCAAUAAAAGUUAUGGAUAAUGAAUUCUUGGCAAGAAGGAAAAAGUUGCCAAGGGCCCAAACUGAAAGAGAGAUUUUGAGAAUGCUAGAUCACCCUUUUCUACCAACGCUCUAUGCGCAGUUUACAUCAGAUAACCUAUCAUGCUUAGUUAUGGAGUUUUGUCCAGGUGGUGAUUUGCAUGUCCUCAGGCAGAAGCAGCCAUGCAGAAAUUUUCCUGAAGCAGCAGCACGGUUUUAUGUGGCUGAAGUCCUCCUUGCUCUGGAGUAUCUGCAUAUGCUUGGAGUUGUAUACCGGGAUUUGAAACCUGAAAACAUACUGGUCCGGGAAGAUGGUCACAUCAUGGUUACUGAUUUUGACCUCUCACUCAGAUGUUCGGUUAAUCCCACUCUUCUAAAAUCAUCUUCACCUGGCAUGGAGGCUCCGAGGAUAUCUGGUCCGUGCAGGGGCUCUAGCUGCAUUGAUCCAUUUUGUUCAGGACCGUCAUGUCAAGUUUCUUGCUUUAGCCCCAGAAUUUUACCUGCCAACGCACGAGCAAGAAAGCUGAAAGCAGAAGCUGCAGCCUUUAACAGAUCAUUGCCACAGCUUGUAGUAGAGCCAACAGAAGCACGGUCCAAUUCAUUUGUCGGUACACAUGAAUAUUUGGCUCCUGAGAUCAUUAAAGGCGAGGGCCACGGGAGUGCUGUUGAUUGGUGGACACUAGGUGUUUUUCUUUAUGAGCUUCUAUAUGGGAAGACACCAUUUAAAGGUGCUGGAAAUGAAGAAACUUUGGCCAAUGUGGUCAUGCAGAACCUCCGAUUCCCCGAUGGCCCGCUUGUUAGUUUUCAGGCAAGGGAUCUCAUUAGAGGACUACUUGUGAAGGAGCCUGAGAAUCGAUUGGGAACGGAGACAGGAGCUGCUGAGAUUAAACGACACCCCUUCUUCGACGGUCUGAACUGGGCAUUGAUAAGAUGUGCCAUUCCACCAGAAGUACCUGAUCUUUGUGACAUUGGAGUUUCAAAACUAGUUUAUCAGGAGAAGAGCAGAAUGUUUUUAGAGUAUAGUUCCUCCAAAGAGCAUUUAGAAUUUGAGUUGUUUUAGUAAAUCAUUUGUAGCACUUUGUGGAUAGGAUGUAUUCUCUACAUCCACUCCUUGUAAUUAUAUGUCAUAUAAAAUUGCUGAGAAAUGGGAAUUUUCUUCAACAUCACAAGAA